CAUCAAGGGUAUGCAUAUACGAAAAGCCACCAAGUAUCUGAAAGAUGUCACUCUAAAGAAACAAUGUGUACCAUUCCGACGGUACAAUGGUGGAGUUGGUAGGUGUGCCCAGGCCAAACAGUGGGGCUGGACACAGGGUCGGUGGCCCAAAAAGAGUGCUGAAUUUUUGCUGCACAUGCUUAAAAAUGCAGAGAGUAAUGCUGAACUUAAGGGUUUGGAUGUAGAUUCUCUGGUCAUUGAGCAUAUCCAGGUGAACAAAGCACCCAAGAUGCGUCGCCGAAAUUAUAGAGCUCAUGGUCGGAUUAAUCCAUACAUGAGCUCCCCCUGCCACAUCGAGAUGAUCCUCACUGAAAAGGAACAAAUUGUUCCAAAACCAGAAGAAGAGGUUGCACAGAAGAAAAAGAUAUCCCAGAAGAAACUGAAGAAACAAAAACUUAUGGCACGGGAAUAGAUGCAACAUAAAAUAAAUGCAAAUAACAG